CUCCCAUCAUCCAAUCCUAAUGCAAGAGUCUCACAAUAAUAAAAUUAAUCAACAGAAAAAUAAGCAGUCUGAUCAUGAAAAAUAAAUCACAAGCAAACAGUAAAAUUAAAAAGAUGCUUCCAAACCAUAGACUCUCCUGCACUCCACGAUGGCGGUUCAGGAGGGGGAUGAUCCAGCCGUACUGUAACUUCUUCCUCAUAUUGCCUCUUCUUCAUCAUGUUCUCUACCAAGCCUCCUUUGUAGCCACCUAACACAGAUGACCUUGAAUCUAGAUCUGUUCCAGCAUCUAGCCCCACACUUCGUCCAUGAUCUUUGGCCACCGGAGACCAAACAUCCAUCUUUCGUCCCUGCACAACCUUUGGCCGCCUGAGACCAAACACCCUCUUCCAUCCGCUUAAUCUCGCCAUAGCAAAAGAAGAAAAAUCGCCGCACAAUUGAUGGCGGAAGAAGAAACCCUGUACGCCUAUGCCCGCCUACGGCAGCCGCUCCUUGUUAAAAACGAUAGCGGAGGAAAAAACUCUAGCGAUGGAAACCCACCCUAGAGAGAGAAAGAGCCGAAGCUUUUCUGUAUGCUGAUUAUUUAUUAUUUGUAAGUUUUCUUAUAAAAAUACUUAAUUACUCUUAUUUCUUUUACAUUUUAUUUUCUCUCUCAUAUUUUUAUAUUCUAUUUUCCACGUUUUUUUAUUCAGUACUUCAAUUAUUUUUCCUUACAUAAUCUUCCAAAACGUAGUAUUUUCCCUGUCCUGGAAUUAUCAUCAAACUUUCUUUUUUCGUUCCCUCCAAAAUUAUCUUUUUUUAUUUGACAAAAAAAAUGUGGUUUAUAUCAUUUUUUACAUUCCCUUUUUUGCACAAUUCCUUACCAUACAAUACUAUUUAUCUUAAUCUUGUUCCAUUUGUAUUUCAAGAGAUAAAUAAUUAAAUAUAGAAUGGAAGAAGUACUAACAAUUUUUAAAAUAGGGGGGAUAUAUAGGGUUUCGAAGGGAUUAAAAAUACUACGUAUUUAAGCAUUUUUAAAAUGAAAAAUGCUUGGUGUAUACAAAAUGUGUACACUUUCUGUGUACACUUUUCUGUCCUUCGCAAAGAAGUUGUCUUUCACAAACAACUCAAUGACAGACAACUUGAUGAGUUGUCUGUGACAACAACUUGUCUGCGAAAUACAAAAGGUGUACACAUAUAGCAAAACUAGUUGACGGAAGUAGGUCUGGGAUCGGUUCGGUUCCUAGGCAAAAUAUGUGGAACCGUUUGAAAAUAUGAAAUUUUACUAACGGUUCGGUUCUUAUAAACUAUUUUAUAGACACGAUAAGGAACCGAACCGUUCUUAACGGUUCGGUUCUUGUCAUUUAACGGUUCCUAGUCUUUAAAAUAAUUCUUACAAAUCACGGGUAAAUUUUUGCCAAAACGACAUUCAACGUUUGAAAUUACAAUACAAAUAUAUUGAACCGGUUAAAGAGAAUAAUAAUUUUAAAUAGUUUGGACCUUCCGAGUUCCGACCCGCUGGAGUUUGGACUGAAUGAGAGGCCUAAGAAGUCUAGGAGUAUCGGUUGAAGUGAAUAUAAUAGUUAAAAAACUAAACUAAAAUAAUGAAUGUUAUAUAAAAAUAAAUAAGUAAAUAUACAUUAAAAUAUAUAUACUCAUAAGAAAUAUAUAUAAUUUUAAUUAUUAUGUAUAACGGUUCCUUAACGGUUCCUGGUAUAUUUUUUUUUCAAGAACCGAGAAUCGAACCGUUAAUAAGAAAUAGGAACCGAAUCGUUAAUAAAUAAAUAAUAAAUGUUGGAACCGAACCGAACCGGAUCAUAAUGAUUCGGUCCGGUUCGAUUCUCCAGUUCUUGGUUCCAAAGUCCCGGUCCUAGACGGAAGUGAUGGAACAUUUGAUUUUUGCAUUCCUGAACUCGACUCAAUGAUGCGUGCAGACAGAGACAGAGAGACACACUUUCGCCGCCCUUUCAAUCACCACUACUGUUUCUUCCCCACAACAAAGCGUAAACUUAACGUCUGCCCAUUCUCACCCACUCCCAAAUCCCUUCCAUCAUAUCCAUCUUUCUUCAUCCAUUUUUCUUACUCUGUUUCUAUUCCUGCUCAUACAACAAACAAAGAAAAAACCCUUCGCUGCGGGAUUAUUUAAUUUGUAAAUUAGAAUCAAAGCAAUGAGAGAAAGGGGGAAAUCUGUGGAGAUUAAUGCCGCCUCUUCCUGCCGAAAUAACAUCUCAGAGUUCGACUUCUAUGCUUCUCCCGAAAUUGCAUGCAAGAUACACCCUUCAGCUUCGUCUAUUGGAAUCUGCCCUCACUGCCUGAAAGACAGGCUUUUGAAUCUGGUCUGCUCGGAUUGCGGAGAACAUCGACUCUCUUCGUGUUCUUGCUCUGAUAUUUCGGCUCCCCGGAUCUCAUUCCUGAUGGAGAAUGAGAUCGGUCUGGAUCAGUGGAAGGCGCCAGCGAAGGGGAAGAGGGAUAAAACAGAGGAAGUGUCCGUUCUUCGCCGGAGCAGCAGCAACUGUGCUGAGAUCAAGAAAAGCAGCAAUGGGUUCCGGAAGAUCAAGAGGCUGUUCGGAAACAUGAAAAGAAGGGAGAAGAGUUGCUCAGACAACGAUCACCAGGCGUUCGACGAAAUGCGCGUGUCAAGGUCAAGGUCUGUUUGCAGCUUGAGAGACGAUGGGUGGUCGGAUCAGUAUAGAUUCUCCAGCGCAAAGAUUUCAGAUGUCACGGGUGGGUUUUUGUUUGAUUCCGAGGAGGCAAGGAAGAGCGGGUUUAGAGGUGAUCGCCCUGAGAACACGGGAAGCUUCCCGUAUCCCCGAAGUGUCUUCCCUGCAAAAGAGAGCGAUUCUUUCACUAGUUCCAUGGCUGAUGAAUCAGCAGCAUCCUUCAUCGACAUAAAGCUCGACCUUUCUUCAUCACUAAGGAGGCUAGGCAAUUUAUCAUCAGACCGUGACUCCUCUUCUGCUGGUAACAGAAUGGCAUUUGGUUCCUGCAGAUUUACAGGGAGGGGAAAUUCAUCCGAUGAAGGAGUCAAGAGAAGUUGGAAAAGGAGCAGUUUUUGGGAAUGGAUUUCCUGGCAAAGAAGCUCUGGUAGGAAAAUCAAUGGAAAGUGAAAGAAGAUGAGAAAAAACGGAAUCUUUGAAAUCUUUUUGAGAACCAUCCAUCAAAGAACACAAAAUGGUUGCUUGUAGUGAAUGGUUUCCCACUCUCAGAUCUGGAUGGUCUCAUCUAUCUUUACUGUGAUUGAACCAAACACUUUCUCCUUGUCCCUUAUAUCUUUAUGCCUUCUUUAGUUAAACUACUUGCCUAGAAAGUGCUUGAACACACGCACAACUUUUUGUUAGAAAGUGUUUACAUACUACUGAAGUAUGUACUGAGUGCUUUUUCAGAAUCUUGAACUACAAAGGCUUUUACUAGUCGUAUUAGUGACAAAGUAAUACUCCAGAAACCUUCCCCUUCUUGUCAAGGCGAGUUUGGUAUUAAUGUUAUAAACUUAUAACUUCGCAUGUAAUAUGGCGAUGGCUUGUGAAUAAAAAGUGAUAAGUAGGUAAUGGGAAAUCAAAAAUGCUAAAGGUACUCUAAUUUGUAUCCCCACCUUAUUUUUGUGUCUCACAAAAGCAGCUCAUUAAAGUAGAGCAAUUCAUUUAUUGAAGUGGGCUUUUGUGAACCACAAAAAUAUGUUGAGGUAUAAAUUGGGGUACAAAAUGGGGUACCUAUAGCAGGGUUGAUGGGAAAUAGUUUUGGGAUUUUAUGAUGUGAUAUGAAUGUAGAAUUUUAUGGUGUUGAAUC